CUGACUCGUCUCACUCUCUCUCUCAUGCCUUCGUUCUUCAGGGGUCUCUCCUACAUCUCCCUCUUUCUUUCUCUCUCUCAUGCCUACGUUCUUCGGGGGUCACUCCUACGUCUCCCUCUCAUGUGACUCGCGUCGCCGGCUCUUUCUUUCUCUCGUUGGCAACUGUAAAUUUGCUUCUUAGGAGAGACAGGGUCCUUAUCACCCUAAAUUUUAGCAACCUUUUCAGUGUCACAUUUGCCUACCAAUUAAUUGGAAACAGUGAUGGACUAUUCAGAUUCAAGACACAAACCUCAUAUUAUUGGGAAAGUUUUUAUUGCAGUUUUUCUGAUAGUCCUGUGCAUACUGAUAACGAAGAAAUCCCCAGAUCCUAGUGGCGCCAGUUUGUUAUCUCUUCAUGUGCCUGGGGCAACUCAUGUCUUAGUAACAGGUGGUGCUGGCUAUAUUGGCUCACAUGCUGUACUUCGACUGUUAAAGGACUCAUAUAGAGUGACCGUAGUGGAUAACCUUUCAAGGGGAAAUAUUGGAGCUAUUAAAAUUCUCCAGGCACUCUUUCCUGAGCCUGGGAGACUUCAAUUUAUUUAUGCUGAUUUAGGCAAUGCAAGAGCUGUUAACAAGAUAUUUGCAGAAAAUACAUUUGAUGCUGUUAUGCACUUCGCAGCUGUUGCGUAUGUGGGAGAAAGCAUGCUUGAACCUCUUAGGUAUUAUCACAAUAUAACAGCAAACACUUUGGUAGUUCUUGAGGCUAUGGCAGCUCAUGGCGUUAAAACUCUUAUCUACUCAAGUACAUGUGCUACAUAUGGAGAACCAGAAAAAAUGGCCAUUACAGAAGAAACUCCUCAGGUUCCUAUCAAUCCUUACGGAAAGGCCAAGAAAAUGGCAGAGGACAUCAUUCUGGAUUUCUCAAAGAACUCAGAUAUGGCUGUUAUGAUUCUGAGAUAUUUUAAUGUCAUUGGGUCAGAUCCAGAAGGAAGGUUAGGUGAAGCUCCCAGGCCUGAACUGCGAGAGCAUGGUCGCAUAUCUGGUGCAUGCUUUGAUGCAGCAUUAGGCAUCAUACCAGGGCUGAAGGUUAAGGGAACAGACUAUCCAACAAGAGAUGGAACUUGCGUAAGAGACUACAUUGAUGUCACGGAUCUCGUCGAUGCUCAUGUCAAAGCCCUUGAUAAGGCAAAGCCUAGAAGAGUUGGCAUCUACAAUGUCGGUACCGGGAAAGGUAUAACAGUGAAAGAGUUUGUCGAGGCCUGCAAGAAAGCAACAGGCGCAGACAUUAAGGUUGAGUACCUCAGCCGCAGACCAGGGGACUAUGCCGAGGUUUACAGCGACCCUUCGAAGAUCAACCGUGAGCUCAAUUGGACGGCACAUUACGCUGAUCUUGAAAAGAGCCUUUCGAUUGCAUGGAGAUGGCAGAAAUCACAUCGGAAUGGUUAUGGGUCACCCUGACCAAUCCUCCCAAGAUGUGGACUUAAAAAGAGUGGAAGGCCUUAACAAUGCUGUUGCUUAGUUCAAUUCAGACACACUAGAGUUGUCACUUGAAGACAUUUAACUGUAGGAGCAGGGUGCUGUUAUGUUUUCUUUUCUUUUUUCGGUGUGAUGGAAUGCUGAAAGUUUCUAAUAGCUCAGAUUUUCUUUGGAUCAAUGUGGUUUUAUAGUAUUAGUGUUAUAUUAUGUAAAGAAUUUUUUCA